ACAAGUACAUCCAAAAUAACCUCUACAUAAUAUGGCUCAUGAAUUUCUCAUAAAACCAAAUAUGGCAAAUACAAGCUGUAAUAGUACUGAUAGAAAUAAACAAGAAAAUUUAUACGAGUCAUGGAUGAACAAUCAACAAGAGGAACUAAAAGAGCUUCAAAACGCCAUUGCUCUAGCUCGAAAAAACGAGCGAAACAACGUCGAAUUGAAUGAGCUACUGGAAAAAAUGGUGCACAACUUCCGGGGCUACGUGAAUGGCCGUAGUCGACUUGCACGAGUCGACGUAUCGCCAUUUUACGCGCCUACUUGGUGCACUCCUUUGGAGAACUCGGUCCUGUGGAUCGGGGGGUGCAGACCGUCUUCGUUCAUACGACUAAUUUAUGCGCUCUGUGGUAUCGAUAUUGAGUCUCGUCUUGCUGAGUACCUACAGCUAAUUUUACUAUCGUUGUUACGGGGUAUAAAGAUCGGCGAUUUUGGUCAGCUUUGUGGUAAGCAAAUUGUGAUGAUUGAUAAGUUGCAGAGACAAAUUAUUGCAGAAGAAAGGAAGCUUUCUUCAAGGUUGGCUAGCUUGCAAGAAGAUGUUGUUGAUCAACCGAUAGCCAAGGUGGCCAAAAAUUGUGACACUGAAGAAGGUGAAAAUGAGCCCUUAGAUAAACAUGGUCAUAACAUGGCAAAUUUACUAGAAGAAGCUGAUGAGUUGAGGAUGAAGACACUAAAGGAGAUAUUGCGCAUAUUGACACCAAUUCAAGGUGUGGAAUACUUAGCAGCAGCAAAGAGAAUAAGGCUAUGCUUGCAACAAUGGGGCAAGAAGAGGGAACAAGAGCAUAGUAAUAAUUAAUUAGCCAGAGAUCAAUUAUAUUAUGGUAUGGGAUUAGUGUUUAUUAGAAUAUUUAUUAUGCAUGCCUAAAUUUGUUAUACGUAUAUAUGCCAAAUCUUUGGUUUUUAUUUGGUUGAAUACAUCGACGGCUUCUUAAACUUGUCAGUAAGUUUUAUUUAGACAUUCGAACUAUAUAUCAUGCAUUCUAGAUGAGCACCUGGAUACAUGAUAGAGUGUUCCUACUAGACAUUUUCGACUAAUACUCUGGAAAAGUUUUUGCGUGUGUUCACGACCACCUAUUACGUUUUUUUUUUUUUUUAAAUAACUUUUUUAUUACAUAUAGGGGUAGGACAAGGGAAAUGGGGGAGGGGGUUACAACGUGGGGGGUUCGAACCCUCACCAACAAGGUAAACGUUCAGGUAGUCAACCAACUGAGCUACCAGAUCCCUACUCCACCUAUUAUGUAAAUAAGUUAAUCAUAUAAAAUAUUUCUUCUCCUUUAAUUAUACAGAUCAGCAUCAACUAGAACAUGCAUGAGAUUUUACAGCUUAUUGAGGCUAAUGCUUAUAAUUAAAUGAAGCUUUUUAUGGAACAUCAAUGUGUGUGUGUGUGAGAGAGAGAGAUGGAUGAAUCUAUGCAUAUAGGCU